AUGGGUUCUGUUGGACGACAGCCAGAGGUGAUCACCUUCGACUACCAAUUCGCGCCGAAUGCGCAAAAGGCACGAAAUCUGCUCAAUGUCAUGAAAAUCCCAUACACGUGCUGCGAACAGCCCUUCGUCCUCCCGCGGCCGAGUCUGACAGACAUCGGCGUGACAUAUCGUCGAAUUCCUGUCAAUGCAAUCGGCAAAGACUUGUACUGCGACAACAGACCAUUUUUGGAGACAGUGCAAAAGAUCUGGAAAGAUAAGGCAAUCCCGACCUCGCCGGCAGACCAUGCAUUCGAGAGCUUCGGGUAUCGGACAUUCUGGACUUGCUUGCAGCUCGUGCCUGCUGGCCUGAUCAGUAAAGAGAUGGCCAAGGAUCGAUCAUCGUUAUUCUCAAUUUUCACACGUGACGACUAUGGCGAGAUCCGACAGAGCGCUCUUGGCGAGCUGAAGCAAUGGCUCGAUAUCGUGGAACAUGACUUCUUGUCACACGGCAAGCAGUGGAUCGCUGGCGACAAGUGUGGCGCUGCAGACAUACACGCCGGAUGGAUGCUGAAAUGGGCGCUCCAAACGCUGGAAAUCGAGAAGGAGGCCGGCUUUGGCGAGAACGACUUCCCCCGCGUCCACAAAUGGAUCAAUGGCCUCCCUCGACACAUUCCAGAGAAUGACGCACCAAAGAUCGAGGCAAAGGCAGCGCAUGAGAAGGUGUUGAGUGCUGAUUAUGCGGUGGACUCGAUUGGCGUGGCUGCGAACGAUCCGACCGGCCUCAAGCAGGAUCAGCCUGUGGUUGUGGAGACAAAUGACGAUGCCCGCCCCAGCGACCACCCUCAAGCUGGCAAGCUCAAUGGUCUCAGCAACCGGGAGAUUGUUGUUCAGCUGGACAAUGGUCUUCGUCUGCAUUUUCCCAGAAUUGGCUAUCGUGUUCGGGCGGCUUGA